CUUCAAGUGCGAAAAUGGCCGCCGCAGCAAACUCCAUUCCCUCCUUCUCUGUGAAUUUGAAUUGCUGCCCAAGACCGAAGAAGAGGAGCCGGCGACGGAGAUGGAAGUGGCAGAGAUCGAGACGGCGGCAGAAACCAUGAGCAUCUCCGUACUGUAUCACCUAAUCAACGACGUGCUAGGGUUCCUCCUCUACAUGCAUCAGCAGAUCCCCUCCAUGUUGCAGGACAUCGGGGUCGAAUUUGACAUGCUGCAGAGUGCCUAUACCCAGUUGGAGGCGGAGUUAGCAAGUACCGACCUGAAAGCUUCCAUUCGAAGAAAGCAUAAUGGCAGAUCGAGAGAGGUUAGGCAGGGAAUCCGAAGACUUGAGAAGCUUGUUAAUGCAGUUUCCAGUGCCCAGGUUGCCUUGAAACUGGUCCUUAGUGAAUGUCCGGGCACCUCUGAAGUGAUUCUGAUUCUUGGAAGCAGUCCCUUGAGGCCUCAGUAUGUUUAUGAGCUGUGUUUUCUGCACGGGAAUAUAUCUCUGAGUGGUUCUAGUGAUUACUCUAAGUGCAGGGCGGCUGAGGUGCUCUCAAAGAGGGCUAUUCGAAUGCUUAUCUCAAAGGGGGUUGGCUCUAGGUCCUACCCAGGUUGUACAAAGCUGUUUAUCUUCGUAAAAGCUCCUUCUUCUUUCAAUCAGCCUCUGCAUUAUCUUCCCAAGCGAGAGUUCAAGUACAAUAAGAAGAUUGUGCCAUUUAGAUUACGAUUCAAGUGUCGAGCUCAAGAUCAGGUGAUGGAUAAGUUGGAUCAUCAGUCUGAAACUGGCAGUUCUGAGUGUUUGGGAGAUCACAUAUCAACUGAUUUAAUCUGGUUUCAGUGUCGGCAUGUUAUCAAGGGCCUGGUGUCCAAGGCAACAUUACCAGAAGAAUGACGUGCCCACAUUCUCUCUAUACAGAAGUUUUUCCUGUUGCAGUGUUCUGUGUAUUCACUGAUGCUUGUUUACUGGGCAUAAGCUUUAUCCUUUUCGCUUUGUCAUCUCUUGAUAAUUCUAGCCUCUGUGAAGAAAUAACAAUUUCUACUUAGGAUAAGAGAUGCAGGAUGUAAAAUGUUCAGCUCUGUUGGUUUUUCUCAUUCUCGAAAUUUUCAGUUCC